UACUGCAAGAGAAUACUCAGACACUGGGCUGUUGAUAAGGUUAUAAUGUGUGACAUUGAUGAGGAAGUGGUAAACUUUGGCAAGUCACAUUUGCUGGUCAACAAGGAAGCUUUUUAUGAUCCUAGACUUGAACUCAUAAUCAAUGAUGCUAGGGCUGAACUUGAAAGAAGAGAAGAGACUUAUGAUGUAAUAAUAGGAGAUUUAGCAGAUCCAAUUGAAGGAGGGCCAUGUUACCAACUCUACACCAAAUCUUUUUAUGAAUUAAUUGUUAAACCAAAACUUAAUCCAGCUGGCAUCUUUGUUACACAGGCAGGGCCAGCUGGAAUUUUCAGCCACACAGAAGUGUUUUCUUGCAUCUUCAACACUCUGAAGCAGGUUUUCAAAUAUGUUGUACCUUAUUCAGCUCAUAUCCCAUCAUAUGCUGACACGUGGGGGUGGAUCAUGGCAUCGGAUUCUCCGUUCACACUGAGUGCCGAUGAAUUCGAUAUGAGAAUAAAACAGAGAAUCGAAGGGGAGAACAGAUAUCUUGAUGGCAAAACAUUCUCGUCGUCCUCUACAUUGUGCAAAGCUGUUGAACAAUGAGACACAUGUUUAUAGUGAAGGAAAUGCAAGGUUCAUUUAUGACCAUGGAAAUGCUUACAGAAA